GCCCACGCGCCAGACCUGCAGAGAGAAGCGUCUCCGGUGAAACGCGAUCGAUUUCCUAAACGAACGCGUCUUCUUCGUCGCCGUCGUCAGGCGAGCAAGCGGAAGCUCGAGCAGCGGCUGUGUUUAUUAGUUAUUAUCGCUCCGUCAGGUCUGAUCAUGUCUGACUUCGAGGAGUUCGAGAAGCAGCUGAACGAGAAUCGACAAGAGCGGGAGCGGGAGAGGCGCAAGCGAAGGAGCCGCAGCAGCUCCGCCGGUCGCGGCAAGAAGCGCCGCAGCGGGAGUAAAGACGGAAGCGGCCGCAGCAGAGGAGAGCGUAAGGGCCGAGACCGCAGGAGCAGCUCCAGAGAUCGUAAGAAACGCAGCUAUUCUCCACGUCGAACCAGAAAGAAAAAAACAUGCAAGUAUUGGGACGUUCCUCCUCCAGGCUUUGAGCACAUCACUCCAAUGCAGUACAAAGCCAUGCAAGCUGCCGGGCAGAUCCCCAGCAUUGCUCUGCUGGCUACAUCCACUAAUGCUGGUUUGGCAGUCGCUCCCACACAAGUGCCCAUCGUUGGCAGUCAGAUGACCAGGCAAGCGCGGCGGCUUUAUGUUGGAAACAUCCCCUUCGGCGUCACUGAGGAGUCUAUGGCUGAGUUCUUCAAUACUCAGAUGAGACUAGCAGGACUCUCUCAAGCUCCAAGCAAUCCUGUUCUCGCUGUGCAGAUCAACCAGGACAAGAACUUUGCUUUCUUAGAGUUUCGAUCGGUGGAUGAAACCACUCAGGCCAUGGCAUUCGACGGCAUUAUCUUUCAAGGACAGUCGCUGAAGAUCAGGCGUCCACAUGACUACCGCCCUCUGCCCGGCAUCUCUGAGCAGCCUGCUUUUCACGUUCCAGGUGUUGUCUCCACAGUUGUGCCGGACUCCCCUCAUAAACUCUUUAUUGGAGGUCUGCCAAAUUAUCUCAACGAUGAUCAGGUUAAAGAGCUCCUGACGUCAUUUGGACCUCUCAAAGCCUUCAACCUUGUGAAAGACAGUGCCACAUCACUGUCCAAAGGCUAUGCUUUCUGUGAAUAUGUGGAUAUCAGCGUCACUGACCAGGCGGUAGCUGGAUUGCAUGGCAUGCAGCUCGGCGAUAAAAAGCUCAUCGUCCAGCGGGCAAGUGUGGGAGCCAAGAAUGCCAAUCCUACCGCUGUUGUAGAGACGCCCGUCACGCUCCAGGUCCCAGGACUGCAGAGGGUGCAGACCUCAGGCCUGCCGACGGAGGUGCUGUGUCUGCUGAACAUGGUAAUGCCGGAGGAGCUGCUGGACGACGAGGACUACGAGGAGAUCCUGGAGGACAUCCGUGAGGAGUGCUGCAAGUACGGCAGCGUGCGCUCUAUCGAGAUCCCUCGGCCUGUGGACGGCAUCGAGGUGCCAGGCUGCGGGAAGAUAUUCGUGGAGUACAUGUCUGCUUCAGAAUGCCAGAAGGCCAUGCAGGCUCUGACAGGACGCAAGUUUGCUAACCGCGUGGUGGUCACCAAAUACUACGAUCCAGACAUGUACCACAGACAUGAGUUUUGAGUUCUGUUUGUGCCAUCUUAAGUGAGCUUUUAAUGAGUUUUACACUUAUCUCCUACUUUCGCUUCAUAGUUUCUUUUCUGUACUGAAAUAUAAACAAAUAGACCCGAGUAGCCAAGUAGGAGAUAUUUUUAGACAUCUAACACAGUGAAACCGUGCGAAGCAAUCUCUUCCAUUUUAAAGGACGUCCAUACGUACAGUGAUUUACACUAACAAAGUAACCAGAAGUCAGUAUUUCUGGAAUAAAUUUGCAGUUUCCAGCAGCAAACAAUUAACGGGCAACAUUUAGUUUUAUAAAAAAAACCUCAACUGUUAGAAAUUAAAACAUUAGAUGAAUUCGCUGAAUGUGUAAACCUUCAAGUGUUUGUCCGAAGCAGCUUUAUGUGACAGAACAUUGGUUAGCUCCACCCACAGUGAAAUCUCAUUGGUGCAAAAUCCUGCUUCUAAUACCUGCAUUUAAACCAUCGAUUCUGUUCUGACUGGCUGUGAUUUUGGAGCUUGUUGAGGACAGAAAUAUUACUUGACAUCUUGAACUUGUUAUGCUAGUGUCUAGUAAGAAUAAAAAAAUAUAAAUAGAUAUAAAUAUAAAACAGUAAUCGACAUUAAAAAAAAAAACAUUCACAAAGACUUUUGCAUUUUUAAAACAGUUUUCAUAACAAGCUUCUGCUUUAUACCAGUGACCGCUUAUUCAUUUUCUUAUUUCAUCACCAAAUUAAUAGUCAAAUUAAUUAGUCAAAUAACUUUAUCACAGGAUUUAAGAGUGAUUUUUAUUUAAAUUUUUUGGUAAGUGAUAAGAAUUGAGAUUUUUUGAGUUUCAUAGACAGGGCCUAGUCUAAACCAGGAUUAUGCCAUAAUUCAAUUUAAAUAAUUAAAAAAAACAUUACUGGUGUGCAUCUUGAGACAAAACUAAGGCACUGACAUGUUUCAAAAUCAAUCAAUGCACAUUUCAUUCAGUUGAAACCGUUCAGAUUUACAUUUUAGUCUAAGACUAGGCUUAAGCCUUAACCCGGUGUUAAUGUAGAAUUUCAUUUUGUGGAAAUUCACCCAUAAAUUGUCGGUGGUUUUGAAAUACUGCUAAUAGAUGCAGUAUGUUAAUGCUGUAGCGCUGCGUAUUUGUACACGUGUUUCCUGUAUAUACUUAAAGUUUGAUGAAGGAAAUUUUUUAUUAUGUUUUAAGAUUUCUUAUAAACGACAUAGGGUGCUUCAGACAGCUGCUCCUGCCAGAAUGUAUUUGUUCUCAUUGGUGAACUGCAAAAAGGCUGCUAUUUCUUCAAAGACGUCAGAAAAGAUUACAUUUGACAAGAAAACACAGACUGCUUCUCCCUAUCAUGAAGAAAGCAAAAGCCCUGGCAGAAAUACUUGGUGUCCAUGAAAAUAGGAUCUGACACAACAGAAAUUCAGUUCCCAGUUUCCUCUAUUUCUUAUUCUUAACAAUCCUAUGUGUCAGAGGACGACUUGCACGUACCCAUCAUUUCACGAUCGGCUAAAAUGUGCUUAAAUAGCUCGGUUUCUGUGGCUAGUGCUGCCUCUGCUUCUCCUUCAAUAAAUCACAUGCUCUUUA